GGCAUCAAAACCAAAACAAGUAAACGUCAAAAUAGAUUCUGCAUUUUUGCAAAAGUUCUUUUAAAAAAUUAGUUAAAUCGGCAAAUAUAUCGCCAAAAUGCCGCGGAUUAUGAUAAAAGGUGGUGUCUGGAGGAACACAGAGGAUGAGAUUCUUAAGGCGGCUGUAAUGAAAUAUGGCAAAAAUCAGUGGUCCCGUAUUGCAUCACUGCUGCAUAGAAAGUCCGCCAAACAGUGCAAGGCGCGAUGGUAUGAGUGGUUGGAUCCUAGCAUUAAGAAGACCGAAUGGUCCAGAGAGGAGGACGAGAAACUCCUACAUCUGGCCAAAUUGAUGCCAACACAGUGGCGUACAAUUGCCCCAAUUAUUGGGAGAACAGCAGCACAGUGCUUGGAACGCUAUGAAUAUCUCCUAGAUCAGGCGCAACGGAAGGAGGAUGGGGAUGACACAGUGGAUGAUCCGAGGAAACUCAAACCCGGUGAAAUAGAUCCGAAUCCAGAGACAAAACCAGCACGUCCUGACCCAAAGGACAUGGAUGAGGAUGAACUGGAGAUGCUGUCGGAGGCACGAGCACGUCUCGCAAAUACGCAGGGCAAGAAAGCGAAACGUAAAGCUCGUGAGAAGCAACUUGAGGAAGCACGGAGACUUGCAGCACUGCAGAAACGUCGUGAAUUGCGUGCUGCUGGCAUUGGGGGUGGGAAUAAUAGACGUCGACGCAAGGGUAUUGACUACAAUGCGGAUAUCCCAUUUGAGAAACGCCCCAUGGUUGGCUUCUAUGACACGUCUGAGGAAAAAAUUGCUCCUGUGGAGUUUGAUUUCAAUAAAAUGCGUCAGCAGCAUCUCGAUGGGGAGUUGCGAACUGAAAAGGAGGAGCGUGAGCGUAAGAAAGACAAGCAGAAACUGAAGCAGCGCAAAGAAAAUGAUAUCCCAAUGGCGAUGUUGCUGAAUCAGGAGCCAGCAAAGAAGAGAUCAAAGCUGGUACUGCCAGAACCACAGAUAUCGGACUUGGAACUUGAACAAGUGGUUAAAUUGGGUAGAGCUAGUGAGCUUGCCAAGGAAUUGGCAUCUGAUGGUGGUUCAGACACAACAGAAGCUCUCCUCACGGACUACAGCAUUACACCAUCUGUUACAGCAACACCGCGUACUCCAGCAGCAGCAGCUGAUAAAAUCAUGCAGGAAGCACAAACACUGAUGGCUCUCACGCACGUUGACACACCACUGAAGGGAGGUACCAAUACCCCACUACAUGCUUCAGAUUUCUCCGGAGCACUGCCUCAGAAUACAGCAAUUGCAACCCCCAACACCGUUCUCGCCACACCAUUCCGUUCCUCACGCUCUGACGCCCCCAGUACUCCUGGAUUCCAAACACCCGGAAUGGCUUUGGUGCCCGCUGGUGGUAAUGCCGUUACACCCGCUUUCGUGAGGGAUAAACUAAAUAUCAAUGAUGAAGAUGCUCUCAACACGGGAGAUACUCCAGCAGCAGUUAAGAACUACCAGAAGCAAUUGAAGCAGAAGCUUAAAGAUGGUUUGGCUUCUCUCCCUACUCCACGCAAUGAUUACGAGAUUGUUGUUCCAGAGGAGGAUAUUGCAGAAGAAGAACCCACACAGACCAACGAUAUGGUUGAGGAUCAAGCUGAUGUGGAUGCAAAAAUGCAAGCUGAUGCCAAGAAAGAGCGUGAAAGGGAGAUGGCUCUGAGAUCUCAGGUUAUUCAGCGUGACCUACCGCGGCCAUUGGAUGUGAAUAUGUCAAUCCUACGACCCCCAGCAGACAUGCAGGGUCUCAGUGAUCUCCAGCGUGCUGAAGAAUUGAUAAAGCAUGAAAUGGUGACAAUGCUGCACUACGACUCAAUCAGAGAUCCAAUUGCAUUGACCCAACCUCAGGCAACUCAGAUGCCCAAGAAGCCCAACAUGACAGCCCAGCAUCUUGCCUAUUUGGAACAGAAUCCCUACGAGGACUUCACCGAAAAGGAGCUCCAGGUUGCCAAGAAUAUGCUCCAGCAGGAGAUGCAGGUGGUCAAAAAUGGCAUGGCCCAUGGGGAUCUAGCACUAGAGAGCUACACUCAAGUGUGGGAUGAAUGCCUGAGUCAGGUGCUCUUCCUACCAAGUCAGAAUCGCUACACACGCGCGAGUUUGGCCAGUAAGAAGGAUCGUCUGGAGUCGGCGGAAUAUAAAUUGGAGCAAAAUAGGAAGCACAUGGCCAAGGAGGCAAAUAGAUGUGGGAAGAUUGAGAAGAAAUUGAAGAUUCUCACUGGUGGUUACCAGGCACGUGCACAGGCACUCAUAAAGCAACUUCAGGAUACAUUUGAGCAGAUUGAGCAGAACUAUUUGGCACUGUCGACAUUCAAAUUCCUCGCAGAGCAGGAAGAUAACGCCAUUCCGCGGCGUCUAGCCUCGCUCACGGACGACGUAGCGCGUCAGACGGAACGUGAGAAACUCCUUCAGGCACGCUAUGGACAAUUACAGGAAGAACUGACACAAUUACAUCAGGCCAUAGCCAAGGAGGAAGGUGCUCAGGAGAAAUUUAUCCCAGAUGAAGAUGUUGAGAUGGUGGAGCAGUCAAAGAACGAGGUGGCAGUCACGGCCGAAGUGGAGGAGAAAGAUCACGCGGAAAAUGAGGAAGUUCUUGAAAAUCAUUGCCCUAAUGGAGAUGCCGAAGACGCGGAAAUGAAUGAUAGCAAUGGGAGUGAGUAAAUUAUUUCACGUGGAAAAUGAUUUACUCUUCAGUAUAUCCGCUAAUUUACACGAGAGGAAAUUAAAUUUAUCUCAAAUUCAAUGUAGAAUUGUGUAGAGAUAACAGAGGAGAUAAAUAAUAAAUUAAAAUAUGGACAAGAACGAUAUAAUGAAUUUAUUUUUGUUUUUAAUUAAAGACUGUCAACUGUUUUUAUUGAAGAAAACUAUAGCUUCGUUGAUGAUUUUUGACAAAGAAAGGUAUUUUUUGUUUCAUGCAUUGAAAGAGAUGCAAAAAAAACACAAUUUGUGACGUCAUUCUUUGCAUUUUUGAACAAAUCUUUAUCAAUUUCUUAAGUUUUGAUUCUAUAAAAGAUUACGCAUGUCCCAAUUGUUUUCUGGAAUAAAGAUUUAGCCCAUAUAAAAACGAAUAAACUUCUUUUCUACCUAUAGCUGUCCAGUUAAAACAACAGAUAAAGGAGAAAACGAAAAAAAAACAUUUUUUUUUAUUUCUAGUACGAUACUUUAUUUUUUUUCAGUUUUUGUAAUUAAAUUGUUGAAGAACCAAACGAAAUUAUUUGCAUAUAAUUAAUAAUGUAUUUUUAUGUAUAUUUUUUCCACUUUUUUUACUCUUCAUAAUUUUUUUUCAUGUAUAAACUAAUAAACUAAUAAAAUGAAAAUUUUCCUACUAAAUAUUUACACUUGUUUUGCCUUAUUGUUUCACUUGUUCUUUAUGCUGAAUGUUAUGACCUCAUCAUUAAGUUUUACGACUUUACAUUUUUCUUCUUUACAUUUUUUUUUCUUUUCGCAUGAAUUAUAACUUCUUGUAUCGUAAAUAUACGUGUUAAAGCAGAAGAGGAAUAAAGGAUAAAAAAGGUUUUUUUUUCUUUAAAAAAGAAAACUAUCCAAAGUCAAGUAUUUUAGUUUCUUUUUAACCUUUCAAUUAAGGGUUUUUAUAAAUACAUAAUAUUCACCUAGACCUCUAUCAGUAAUGAUCUGAUUAUUGUGAAAUUUAUUGUAAAAAUUAAUAAUGAUGAACUAUACAUUGCAAAAGAUUGUGUGUGUUGUGUCAGUUUGUAUGACCUCGUUUUUUUUUCUUCAAAUUUUGUUUAUUUUUGCAAAUUUUUAUGUAAACACGGUGGAGCACGUAAGAAAUUGCGAGUGUUUUUUCUUUAAAAUUUUUCUCUUAAACUGCCUUUAAUAAUGCGAAUUGUGACGACAACGCCUAACAUUGGCAAUUUCUUUAUUAACUUCUGUUAUUAUUUUUUAUUUCUCACAUUAAAAUUCAAUACAUUUUCUUUAUAUUUUGCAAUCAUUUCUUCUCAUUUCAUUAAAACAUGUAUUUAUUUAUAUUUAAUUGUGUGAUAAAAUGAUUUAAAAAAUAUCCCCAAAAAUCAGAUAAAUUCUAUACAAAAUAGUUUUUUUUCUCUCAUAACAUCUUUUUUUUUUAUUUAUGUUUUACUAUUUAUUCGAAGAAAUGUUCUUGUUAGUUUAUUUUUUUUUUCAAAGAAAAUGGUAUUGAAUUUUUUUAAUUAGUGAAAUGUGUCAAGAAAUAGUCUGCACUGCUUGAAAGCGUUUUUUAUUUUCCCAAAUGAUGAAUUUCGUUUCUUUUAAAAUAUAAAGCCUAUUAGUUGGUAUACCACAAUCGUGGCAUACCAAGUAUUUCUGAAUAUCGACCUAUAAAAAAAAUCCUUGAUUUUAUUUUACAAUGUUUCGGCUAAAAGGAUACAUAAGAAAACUUACCGACUUUGGAAAUAUUCUUGAAAUUAAUUUGUGAGAGAAAGUUAAAUACAUAAUUUUAUCAUUAAAAAAAAAACGUUCAUAAUCAGUUUCUUCGAAAGGAGCUUAUUCGUUUCUGUAUGGGGAAAUUCUUCUUUGGAGCAAACUACCAAUUGAGAGUCGUCUUGUACAGAAUCAAAUUGGUCAAAGUUUUGCAGACUUUUCCUAGCAGAUUUCAGAAGGAAAUGAAACCUCAGAGGAUUUUUUUUUACUCAAUUUUGAUUCUCUACAAUAUUACUCGUGUCCGGAUUGUUUCCUCAAAUAAGGGAUUUCCCAU